GCCCGUCUCCGUGCUACCUGCUCUGAAAGUUAGAUUGAAGCCAAUCACCUCCAAUCAGAGUGACUUACCUUUCCUCCCAGUCCCUCAGCCUCAUCCGCGGCCGCUGCUUUUGUUGUUGUGUUGCCUGGAUCGUACUUGGCGGCCACCAGGGCAUGAAUUUACAGUGGUGGAGGGUGUCGGUUGUGUUCUGUUUUCAGUCUGUCCAAUGUUUGUGAGUUGAUGUGGUCUACGUUUUUACAUGUAACAGUUUCCUCCUAAAAGAGGAGUAGGAGGGGUGUCAGAUUUGGAAACGUUUGGGUGCAGUGGCCGCGUUUUUUAACACAAUAUAACAGCAUUUCUGCUGUGGCUGGGUGAAGAAAAGAAGAAAGAAAAACUCGACUCCGAGAACUGCGCUUUGUGGUGGACAUUUUUUUCCGCCUUUGUAUUUCCUUGUGUGUGUGGUUGUGGACAUUUUGGAUUUUUUCGUACUCGCCGAUUUGCGAGCUUUAGCUGCAGAGGCUUUGGUUUUCUGUCUUCAGAGAGCAUUUUUUUUAUUAUUGUAUGCUGCAAACAGGAAGUUUAUUACAGACGAUAAGAAAACUUGUGGCCGGACAGAACGCAACUCAAGAAAGGACGUCUGGCUAUCACGAAUGAAUAGAACUUAACGUGUUCUUAAAAUAAAUCACAGAGGAGUGGACACUAGACGGGAUACGUUGUUUAAAGCGUCUCUAAGACCUUCAACUGAAAUCAAGAGAAGGCAAACUUUUGGGGGAUUUAAAUACUUUUCGGAUUUAAAUUCCAAUGAUACAUCGUAAACUAAUCGUUUGGGGAAUCUAAAUAUUAAGAUUCCUUUGUGCCAGUCUUGGAUCUUUUUUCUGCCUCAAGCUGGACUCCAGGAAAGACGGGUCAUAAAUGACAAGUGCCUGAUAAUGACAAUGAAGCGGAAUUUCUUUCGGCUGGUGCCUUGUCGCUGUCUGCGAGGAGAGGAGGAGGCGGUCACCGCGCUGGAUUACUCUCACUGCAGCCUGGAACAGGUGCCCAAGGAGAUAUUCACAUUCGAGAAGACCUUAGAGGAGCUCUAUUUGGAUGCUAACCAGAUUGAGGAGCUUCCCAAGCAAUUGUUCAACUGCCAGUCUCUGCAUAAACUGAGUUUGCCAGAUAACGACCUAGCUGUAUUGCCAGCCUCCAUCGCAAACCUCAUCAAUCUCAGGGAUCUGGACGUCAGCAAGAAUGGCAUCCAGGAGUUUCCAGAAAACAUCAAGAACUGCAAGGUUUUAACAAUAGUCGAAGCCAGUGUAAAUCCCAUUUCCAAACUACCUGAUGGAUUCACCCAGCUUCUCAACCUAACCCAGCUGUACCUGAAUGAUGCUUUUUUGGAAUUCUUACCAGCAAAUUUCGGCAGGUUAACCAAACUGCAGAUACUGGAGCUGAGAGAAAACCAGUUAAAGAUGUUGCCAAAAACCAUGAGCAAGCUGACCCAGCUGGAGAGACUGGACCUGGGAAGCAAUGAGUUCACAGAAGUGCCUGAAGUUCUUGAACAACUCACUGGUCUGAAGGAGUUUUGGAUGGAUGGGAACAGACUGACAUACCUUCCAGGGGUAAUUGGGACGUUAAAGCAACUGACCUAUUUAGAUGUAUCCAAGAACAACAUUGAAAUGGUCGACGAUCGGCUGUCAGGCUGUGAAAGCCUACAAGACCUGCUGAUCUCCAACAAUGCACUGCAGCAACUUCCAGGAUCCACAGGUUCCCUGAAGAAAUUAACAUCACUCAAAGUGGAUGAAAACCAGUUGAUGUACCUGCCAGACUCCAUAGGAGGACUUACAUCCCUGGAAGAGCUUGAUUGCAGUUUUAAUGAGAUAGAAGCUUUGCCGUCAUCCAUUGGGCAGUUCACCAACCUCCGGACCUUUGCUGCAGAUCACAACUUUCUGACACAGCUGCCUCCUGAGAUUGGUAACUGGAAGAAUGCAACCGUGCUGUUUCUACACUCAAACAAACUGGAGUCCCUGCCAGAGGAAAUGGGCGAAAUGCAGAAACUUAAAGUUGUCAAUCUGAGCGACAACAGGCUGAAGAAUUUGCCCUUUAGCUUUACCAAAUUGAGCCAGCUGACAGCAAUGUGGUUGUCGGAAAACCAGUCUAAGCCCCUUAUACCCCUUCAGAAGGAGGAGGAUGAGGAGACGCACAAAACUGUGCUUACCAACUACAUGUUCCCUCAACAGCCGAGGACAGAGGAUUUCUUGGCCAACUCUGAUAAUGAGAGCUUCAAUCCUUCGUUGUGGGAGGAACAAAGAAAGCAAAGAGCACAGGUGGCCUUUGAGUGCGAUGAAGACAAAGAUGAGAGGGAGACACCACCCAGGGAGGGGAAUCUGAAGCGCUACCCAACACCUUACCCAGACGAACUAAAAAACAUGGUGAAAACUGCACACACUAUAGCCCAUCGACUCAAAGAGGAUGAGUCGUCGGAGUCUGGAAAAGAAACCAGACAGAACGAAGAUACAGCUGUUACAGUGAAAGAUGUAGGCGUAAAGACUUCAGAGAAUAACUAUGCAAAUGGAAAAAACGUGGAAAGCGAUUCAAAUGUGACUGUGAAUUGUGUGCUAAAACCCAGUGAACUUGAUUCUAAGGACACUAAAGAGACUUCACAGACGGCUGCACUUGUUAAGACCUCUGAGAACAUUCGAGCUACAGUCAACCAUGAAGACACACUUGAGGACUCUGAAGACCUGUCCUCUGAUGAAGAGGAGAUGAAGAUUGCAGAGCUGCGACCGCCGCUUAUUGAGAUCUCUAUUAAUCAGCCCAAAGUGGUGGCACUAAGUAAGGACAAGAAAGAUGAAAGUAAAGAUGCUGAUUCUUUAUUGGAUGAGACUGUUGCAAACAGUAACCAGAACAACAGCAACUGCUCCUCGCCGUCUCGCAUGUCAGACUCUGUGUCCCUGACAACAGACAGUAGCCAGGACACUUCCCUCUGCACUCCAGAGAAAGAGGCAAAGGUUAUGAUUAUAACCAAGAUCAGGCAAGAUGAUGAAAAUUCAAAUCAGUUGAAGGAAACGGCACUCCUCCUUCAGAAUGGGAAUGGUUCAGACACCUCUCUGCAGGCCAUUCUGAAAACUCAACAGGAAAAUGAGGUGCAAAAGUUCACUGUGGAUGAAAAACUGUCCCUCAUAGACAGGAGUAUGGAUUUAAAUAAUGGGAUGGAAGUUUCUUACAACAAAUGGGAUCAAAUCAACAUGAAUAUAUCUAAACUCUCUCCAGAUAAUAUGGAAAGGUUAAAUGCCCUGGGAAAGACCAAGAACACAGUCCAAGAAGACUUAAAAAAUAAGUCUUUGUUUAACAACAAUGCUAAACAAGCUGCAGAGUACUACUUGGAGAAUGGUAACCAGUAUCCUAGACAGGCUCUUUCUAAUCAUCUCAGUGGUCGAUUUGAAGAAACUUCCAGUUCACCAACCAAGUUUGAGAUGGUGAGAACGGCUGCAGUUGGUGUAACAGCAAGUGCAGAUAUGUCUAUCUCUAGGAGCACUGAGGAACUGUCCCCACAGAAGCGGGGGCCUUUGGGACCUGUGGUGAAAUCUCAAAGCGUAACUAACAUCGAACCAGGAGCACUUAAAAUAUACCACAUUAUUGGGGAUAACGGACCGCAUGAGCCAAAUGCUCCUGGAAGAGUACCUGCAGCUAAUGUUCAGGGGCAGAAUAUUGUCCGCAGCAAGUCGGCUUCUCUUCUUAAUGACCAACCCCUGCAGGUCUACCCCGGCUCUUCCGCCUCUUCAUCUGACCUUGUGUCCUGCACCAAAACUUUAACCAUACAUGAUCCCAACUACAAACAACAAAGCGCCUAUGCAGGGAAGGGGGCCAUGCCUGCUGCCAUGCAGAUGCCAGGUGGGCCUCAAUAUAACAUCCAGUACUCAAGCAGCACAAUGCCCAAAGAAGGCCCCUGGACCCAGAGAACAGCCAUCCCACCAGAGCAAGGAUAUUUACCACACACUCACCUGCAGCGGUCAGACAGUACUGACAGCUACACGAAACACACAGCUAACACCAACUACUCCAACCGCAACAAUGCACAGGCCAGCCUGGCCUACAGCAUGCAGCAACGGGGUCCGCCCAGACAAAUGGAGAUGUGGGCAGUCAAUCCCCAGAAAGACAGACUGAUGCCAGGUGGUCCCAGGAGCACCCUGCAGAGGCAGAGUAGCAAUUCCUCCUCCACCUCAAUGUCUCUUGGAGACCCGACACAACCCAGGCGCAUUGUGGCCCCUGCUGGAGACUACUUAACCUACAGGGAUAUUCACAGCAUGGGAAGGGGACCUCUGAUGAACCAGGGGAUGCAGAGACCCCUUUCCGCCAGGACCUACAGCAUUGACAGCCCCAACGUCCCCCGACCGCAAAGCGCACGGCCAUCCGCGCAUGAGCUGCCUGAGAGAACGAUGUCCGUUAGUGAUUUCAAUUAUUCACGGACUAGCCCUACCAAGCGGUCAAACGUGAGGGUGAAAUCGGAGCACUCGCUGCUCGACACACAAGAGUUCAGCAGGGUACCUGCCGACUGGAGAGAUCAGGUGAUGCGGCACAUCGAGGCAAAAAAGUUAGAAAAGAACAUGCUGUCUAGGUCCUUUAAUUCCAAUUAUGCUGCAGUUAGCAGCUUUCACUAUGGCAGCUCUAGAGAUCUGCAUGGCAGCCAGGGCAGUGUUGCCUUUAGUGUUGCAGACGGAAGGCAUUCCGGAGCCCACAUGUUCCGUGACGAAGUUUUUUCUCCAAGAGCGCCAAGCUACGAAAUGGUUGUACAUGGUCACAAGGAUGUGUCUAUGGACACUAUGAGAAAAGUGCCUUUGACAAAUGGACAGAUGUGCCCAACUUCCCGGCCCCAGAUGAACUGCAGCCAAGUCCAAUGUCCGCCUUCCCAGGCCACUAUGGCGAGGCAUCCCUCCAGGGAGCAGCUGAUUGAUUACUUGAUGCUAAAAGUAUCCCACCAGCCCCAGGGUUCCACCAGGCAGCCCCACGAGGUUGUGCAGCAGGAGAUGUAUGUCAAAAUAGAGAAGAAUCCUGAGCUGGGCUUCAGUAUAUCAGGAGGCAUUGGAGGCAGAGGAAAUCCAUUUCGACCAGAAGAUAAAGGUAUAUACGUAACAAGAGUCCAGCCUGAAGGACCUGCUUCAAAACAUUUGCAGCCAGGGGAUAAGAUCGUUCAGGCCAAUGGAUACAACUUUGUUAAUAUAGAUCACGGACAGGCAGUUUCCCUGCUAAAAACUUUUCAGAGCACUGUGGACCUAAUCAUUUUGAGAGACGUUUGUGCAUAAAGGCGAGAACAAAACAAGAAACUUGCCCAGCAAGAAUCGCCACCUUGGAAAAUUGAGAAAAACAACAAAAAAAGAAUGAUUGCUUCAUUAUUUUUGUAAACAAAAGUCAGUUAUAUAAAUAGAUGUUUGAACUGCAUACAGUAAUGAAAAUUAGUGCUUGUGGUGUGGGGGCACAACCACUGUUAGUGGUAGGGGCACGCAUCGGGAAAUGUGGGUAUUUUGAAAGCCUACACUGGGGAUUUUUCCUUUUUUUUUUAACAAAAGAAUCAUACUUUUUUUAAAGAUAUACUACUACAUGAACAAACCUGUGGCUUUUUUUUUUGGUUUUUUUUGGUUUUUUUAAUUGAUCUACGUUACUAAACACACAAAGCCCAAGUAGUAAGCCUACAUUUUAGUUGGUGAGCAGAUGGCAGGGCUGUCUGUUACAUAGAUGUAUAUGCCUUUUAUUUCUAAUUUUUAAACUGUUCAAUGCUGAAACCACUUCUAGAAAUGUACAGGAGAGGUGAUUUGAAGACAACGCUAUGUGCAUAUUGUGAAGGUGAAUGUGGUGCUGGAUUGAGUUUUUGUAAUUGGGCCAGACACAAUUUAAUCUUUUGUUUUCCAUCCAGACAGUGGUGUAGUUGGUCUGGGCUUCCAGGUCAUUCUUCUUUUUUCAAAUGGCUAUACUUUUUUAUGUGACGACAGUUUUGCAGGAGUCGUGCAGACUUUGAUCUGCAGUAGAAAUCCUUUGACACAUCCUGGGACAAUACGAAUUUCACCUUGGUCCCGAUGACUUGGGACACAAGGAGUAGGAGGAGAGUGGUUCGUCAUUUGUCUACACAGUCACCCAAUUUGUUAGAAAGAACAAGCUAUGCACUGCUUAGCUUUAAUUGCCUUGUAACCCACAUUUGGUGCCGAGUACUUCUGUAAACACAUUUUUUUGUUUUUGCAUCACUUCAUGAAAACCACUACCAAUAACCUCAUGAUUUGGCAAAUGUUACCCUUGUAUGUUUUUUUGUAAUAUGAUUCUGAAAGAAUAGCAGCAUUGUGUUUUUAUAGGACAGGAUAACACACUGGUAAAUGCAUUGAAAUAUAACCAACAAAAAACAGUCAACUGUUGUUGAAGUAUUGGAUCAGUAAGAAGACAUUGGCGAAAUUGGGAAAUGUAUUUUGUUUGGCCUUAAUUUACCUUGAUUUGUAUGUGGGAAUAGCAAGGAUGGUGCUAGGUUACCAAAGUAAGUGUGUAAACUGUGGCAUUGUGGCUGAGACUACUGAGGACUGGAAGUGUGGACGGGACAGUUUUGGUUGGCAUGUAUCAAAGGGCUUUUCUUCUAGAUGUAAAAAUUAGACACAAGAUUAGAGUUAUUUAAAGGGUUUCUAGCAAAAGAAUCAGACACCACUGACUGCCUUUCCUUAGUGUUAAAAUAAUUUUAAUGUUAACUAAAAUGAAUUGUUUUAGAGAAAGCUUUUAUUGUCAGUUUCAAAAUGCAUUUUAAAAAAAAAGUGUGUUUCUGGGAAAGGAUGCACACAGCAAUGUGGCGCACAGUAAAGUGCCAUAGGAGACCGAGAACUGUUAGAACUAAGGUUGAACUCGAAGCAAUAUUCAAUUGCAUGUUUAACACUGUUAAUGAAAUUCAUAUAGUCUGUUUUAACACAUGGUAUGUUUUGGUAUUAUUGCACUUGUGUCAAAAUAGCAAUAGCUUGAUAAUCUGUCUCAAAUAGCGGUUGAUUUUUUAAUUUUUUUUAACGGCAAGGAAACCUUUUAAGGACUCUUCAAACAGCAGAUUGUUAUACAGGAUUUUAUAUUUUUAAAAUUGAAUGAAAACAUAGGAACUUUAAUUUUUCAUGUCUUUUCAUGUCUCUCUCUAUAUAGAUAGAUAUUUUGUAGCACAAUGUAGAACUGCCCCAACUAUGAAUGUGUUUCUGUGCUACAGAAAACAUGCAGCAGUGUCUUUACCAGAACCCCUUUCCUUAGACACUUCUUCAAAAUCCUAAUUUAUAGCUAUUUGAAGGUGCGUAACAAAAUUAGCUGUUUUUUUGUAAUUCUGCCAAGACCAGUAAUAGCAGAUUAACAUCAAAAUAAGUCAAUAUGUGAGAAGGUUUCAAAUUUAUGAAAAUAAUGCAUGUCUUCUGUUUCAUCAGUACCACUCCUCCUCUGUUUUUUAUAUAAAUUGGAUCAAACUUGACUUUUUAAUGAACUUGGCAAUAGUACCGGGCACUAAAAUGUGGUGUUCUAAUUAUAAGCAGUUUCUUUCAACAAGAAUGCAUCUUUUAAAAACCAUUGUGGGAAGCACCCCUCACUGUGUACUAUCGGCUACCUGCUUUUUGAUAGGAAAUUGGUUUUGGUUCUUGAUCUGUCUUUUUAUAACAAUCUUGAUUUAAAAAAUAAAUAAAAUCUGCUUAAGAGUUUUGCCUUCAGAGUUGGCCCAUUUGGGCAUAUUUCAAAACUUCAUUGGCCAUAUUCCCAUGUAUUUUACAUGUGCAUGUUUGUUUGUUUUGUUCUGGUCCUUUUGAUAUUUGAGGUUCAUUUACCUUGAACUCUCAGCUGUGUUUCAAAUGUAGCUGCACUAGUGAUUACAUCAGGGGUUCACUUGGGUAGACACAAGAGCACUGUCAUAUAAACCGCUGACUCGUUCUCUCUUUAAUGAAACUGCCACAACUCACUGCUUGUAAAUGCCAUUAGCCUUGUGAAGCAAACCCCCCAUGUCACUUUAAAAUUCUAUUAUUUCCACUGAAAUGAAGAAAACACUUAGCUGCACUCCCUUAAAUUUAAAAUGAGAUUGUUAUGCUUCUCUUGGUUUCUCAGGUCAUUUGAGGCAAUUCAAAUGUCUGUACUGCUGCCCAAAAUUGAAAUGUAAUAUAAAACAUGCAUCUGUUUAAUUUUAAUUGACAGAUUUAAAAUAAAUGGGAAAAAUGUGGCAUAAGAAUACUGUUUUUUUGUUAUUUUAAGUCGUUUUUUAUGAUUUAACGCAACUCCCCUUUUUAUACUUUAUCGCCUGUCCUCUAUUGCCAAAUCAUUAAAGCUCAAUUCUUUUAAAACAAAUUCUAAAAUUCAUAUUUAUUAUGCUCUUUUAUUUAUUUAGCUAGUUUGCUUUUUUGACUAGAUUUUACUAAUCAAACGUGUAAAUAAUUUAAAAAUAAACAUACCGUGAGUAAAACAAAUCUGUAAACCAGCAAUAAGAAAGAAAUACAGAAAAGCCCUUUUACCAUAUUACUGUUUAAUUUCAUUGUUUUCUCUGUAAGCAGCUGUGAUGAAAUGGUUGAUUUUUAAGAUUUGCUUUUUCAACAUUCCAAAUUUUGUAUAUAACUAUACUGUUUCUGAAGUAACCUGUGGACAAUAGGAAAUAAACUAAUGCUCUUUAAAA